CUCGUGUCUCAGUUUCAGACCGAUUUGCAUUUAACACACAAAUAUUGUUAUUGCAGUAGCAAAGAUAUUCUAUACUUCUGGAGGAAUAUCAUUUCCAUUUGAAGUAAACACGUAACAUCCUUGUGUAGUAAUUGUGAAUGGGAUUAUCGAGAUAAGUCCGAGAUACCCAAGACAAUUUCAAGUGAAUUAAUAAAAAUGGACGAUUCCUCUUCGACAGACAGUUCCAGGACCAAAAAAUUGCCCAUUACGAGAGACGUACUGGAAAAUAUUCUUCCUUUAGGAAACUCUUUCGCUUCUUCCUCUAGAAAUUCUGAAAUGCCAAAUCACAAUUUCAAGAAUAACUUUACUUACGCCAUUUAUGAACGAACUAUGCCUGCCAGCAAUUCUUUGGCAUUUAAUGAUUGUCUUCCUUCUACAUCUGGAAUUCAUAAAGAAUCGUGUAAACAAGCAAAGAAGAAAACAAAACAGAAAGUUAAACAAGAAAAUUGGAACAGUGAAACAAAUUUUAGAGACGAAAGUAAUAUAGAAGACCGACAAAAUGCAACUGAAUUAAAUGGCAAUGAACAGGAAGAGCAAGAAGUGUUUAUUCCAUCGCGACAAAUCGAAAAUUCGGAAAGGGAAUCAGACCUAAAUAUCUUUAACAAUAUUUAUUAUUUCGGAUACGCAUUUUACGCAUUUGUUAAAAGUUUUAUGGAAGAAUUCGUCAGUGUCAUAAAACAGCUGUAAAUCAUCUUUCUGAACAUUUAUUCAGACAGUUACCUCUAUUAAAAUUUGUUAUUUCCUACGACAAGACAGAUACUUACAGUUGUUUGAAAAACUGUUAGAGAAAAAACUGAUUAUUUUAAUAAUUUGGAACUCAGAGGGUAUAAAUGCGCUUUAAAUUGUCCAUCAUUCAAUGUUGGUAUAAUUUUUUCGGCAUAUUUUUCACUUUUGUUUAAACGACAACGUUUUCUUUUUCCGUUUGUUUCAAAAUUUUAAAACUAAUUCGUAGCCUGAACGGCGAAUAAUAAAAAAGCAUACUAUCGUUCGUGUUGCUUUA